UAUAAACACCAUGGCAAAGGCUGUGCUCCUCCUCCUCCUGCCUUUGUUGCUGGUGCUGCUGCCGCCGCCCUUUGGCUGUGUCGCCCAGCUGGCCAAGGAGUUCUGCGUGGCCGACCUGGCCAGCACCGACACGCCGGCCGGCUACCCGUGCAAGCUCCAGGCCGCCGUCACCGCCGAUGACUUCUACUACCGCGGGUUGGGCACCACAGGCCCGAUAAUCCAGCCCUUCAAGAUCAGCCUGUCGUCGGCCUUCGUCACCAACUUCCCCGGCGUGAACGGGUUCGGCAUCUCCGCGGCGCGCGUCGACUUGGCCGUAGGCGGGGUGGUGCCGCUGCACUGGCACCCGGCGGCCACGGAGCUCAUCUUCGUGCUGGAGGGCACCCUGUCGUGCGGCUUCAUCAGCGCCACCUCCAACAGGGUCUACACCAACACCUUGUACAAGGGAGACCUGAUGGUGCUCCCCCAGGGCCAGCAGCACUUCCAGUACAACAUCGGCAACACCACGGCGGCGGCGCUCUCCACCUACAGCAGCCACAACCCCGUCGUGCAGACCCUCGACUUUGCGCUCUUCGCCAACAACCUACCGACGGAGGUGGUCAGCAAGGUCACCCUCCUCGACGACUUGCAGGUCAAGAAGCUCAAGGCCAUCUUCGGCGGGACGGGAUGAUCGAUGCUUCUCCAUCACGACUAGACUUGUGCUUGUGCUUCUCCGGCUCGAUUUCAAAUAUUUUAUUUUAUUUUAUUUAUAUGCAUGUAUGAUGUAUGUGUGUGGGGUGAAAUAGUUUUCAAACAAGUUUUCGGAAAUGUUGUGCUCCUCCGGCAUUGAAUGGAUUUAA